AAAAAACAUGGUCCCUAAAAAAUGGUUCAUGUUUUUCUUUCAGUCUUUUUGGUUUCAUACCAGACAGAGAGAAGAAAUGGGGGUUUUGAGAUAAAUCAUAAACCCUAAAAUUCAUAAUUGAGAAACCCUUUGAGUUGAAUUCGAUCUACGAAGAAGAGAAAGCAGAGAGAGGAAUAAUUAAAUCAUGGCUUUAAGAAGAGUACUAGGGUUAUCAGACGGGGAAUUGAUGAGAGCAGAUGCAAAACCAUGUUCAAGAUUGAUGAAUCAUACAGCUAUUGUUUUCACUUUUGGUGGAGCUAUGUCUUUCUGGGUUCUCGCUAGAUUACACUAUGGUCCAAGGAUAACUGUUCCAAGGAGUCUUAGGUGGGCUGCUUGUGGAGCUUUGACGAUGAGCUCAAGCACAGCGUUGUUGGUUCGUCUCUUAAGUUGCCAAUGUGAACCCCAGAAUAUAGCUGCUUUUGAUAAGGGCGGUAAGGGGGAAUGAAUUUGUUUAUUUUGCGAGGUAUAUGUUCCAACACUGUUUAUCUAGAUACUUUAUAUGUCUCACUUUAAUGUUCUUUUCUGUAUUUCUGUUUUACGUCUUCGAUUUUCCCAAUUGCAUUUUGGUGUAAUUUAGAAGUAAAACAAAAAUGGGUCAUCUUUGUUAAUCACAACUAGUUGUUCUGUAAGCAGCUUUCUCUUUGUUAAUGCAAAUUUAUGGUUCAUUAACAUAAAUUAUAGUAAUGUUAUUGGAGUAAAA